UGCUCAGCUUCCUCUUACUCGCCAGAGACGGCUAAAGCCCGAGCAACUUGGCUGCUGCUGACGCACGGGCAAGUCCACGGAAAGGCUACCUGGAUUGUACAGUGCGCGAGCGGCAGUGUGGCGAUGCGGGAUUAGGUGGCCGUUUCUUUCCCCGGGCAGGCAGCGGCGAACCGGGAUUGCAAUUUCAGUCACACGACAUAUUUUUUUUUGUUGUUUGUUUGUUUUUUAAAUACUAAUCACUUCUUCUUCAUAUUGCUCUUCACUUUGCAUCAUUUAUCCUCUUCAGAUCUGUGCAAAUGACCGGUUUUCCUGGGAGCGCGCGCGCGCGUGUCACGGAUCCGAAGAGUUGUUGACGUUUGUUGUUUUGUUUCCACUGAUUUUUUUUUUAACUGGGUACAAAUCCCGGUUAUCACGGGAUCCGAGUUGUCUUUCUUGAGAGAAUUAAACAUGGACGUGUUGGCGAAUUACAGUAUCUUUCAGGAACUUCAGCUCGUCCACGACACGGGCUACUUCUCUGCGAUGCCGUCGCUGGAGGAGAACUGGCAGCAGACAUGUCUGGAGCUGGAGCGGUAUCUACAGACAGAGCCCAAGCGACUGUCCGACCUCUUUGAUGACGAUCUGGACUGCCUGCUGACGCCAGGUUUCAUGAAGGGUGACAGCGAUGAGGACCUGAUGGAUCCACUGCUUCCCAGCCUGUCAGACCAACCCAGUCCGCCUCCACUGCUCGUGUCUCUGCCAAAAAACCUUCAUACUCCAGCUAGCGGUAAGACCGUAGAUGCAGGAUUGAAAGAGGGCAACGGGGGCGUCCACCCAGCACAGCUGAGUGCCGUCACGUCACUAACGCCACCCUCCUCACCAGAACUGGGCCGACACCUAAUCAAACCAACGCAGACCCUUACUGCCACACCUGAUGGCACACUCACGCUCAAGUUGGUGGCAAAGAAGGUGGGGCUGGCCACUGCCAAGUUGGUAGCAACACAGUCAUUGCCUUCACCACCAGCCCGAGGAGCGCAGAGCGACGGAGAAGGUGGUUUGGGAUCCGCAGGAAUCGGUGAUGUCCCAGAGAACAAGAAAAGAGUCCAUCGCUGCCAGUUCAACGGCUGCAGGAAGGUUUACACAAAGAGUUCCCACUUAAAGGCACACCAGAGGACACACACAGGUGAGAAGCCGUACAAAUGCUCCUGGGAAGGCUGUGAGUGGCGCUUUGCCCGCAGCGACGAGCUGACUAGGCACUACCGCAAGCACACCGGCGCCAAGCCCUUCAAGUGUAACCACUGCGACAGGUGUUUCUCCAGGUCUGACCAUUUGGCUCUGCACAUGAAGAGGCACAUCUGAGGAAAGAAGGCAUACGAGAGUGAAGGAGAGGGAGAGAAAGAGAGAGAGAGAAAGAAGGGGGAGAUGGAAAGAACGUAUAAGGCGAAAGUGUUGUGCCCCGUCCAGAGAUGAAGACUCCUGUGGAGACCUCAAAAACCAAGCCUGAAGGAAACGGAGGCUGAUACAAUGACCACACGAGGCAACGAGACCGUGAGAGCAGAGCUUGCUGGAUUCUUCACUUCUUGACAGUUUUCAAAAUAUAUAAAUAUAUAUAAAAUCAUGCCAUUUUCUCAUUUUUUUGAUCAGUUCCAUAGCUCGAGCCCCUAGCUCGGGAUUCAGACACUGCCAAACGAUAGCCGUUUUUUCCCCGCACUAUUACUCUUCUUUGUACAGUAAACCAUAAGGACGGGACAGAAGACCUGUGAACACGGCAUUGCUCACAGAACACAUCACAUGUAAUCAGAAGACAACGUUUCAGCUCUAGAAAUGUACUUGUGCUCUCAGUUACACAGACAACACCUUCUGGGGGGGGGGAAAUAGAACUAAAAUGACUUCCUUCUUCUUCUUCUUCUACUACUUCUUCUUCUUCUUCCAUCUGCACCAUGGACUCAUAAUAAAAAGCGAACUGCGGUUCACGCCAUGUACAGCAAGCUGCCACUUUGGAGGACAACGUUGCCAAACAUUCUGGACAGUGACCAAUGGAGCUGGUGGCCAAAAGCAAGUCCCUGGAAGGAGCCUCUGCGCUGACCUCCUCUGCUCUUCGCUUCAGAGCGUGCUCCUCUCUUCACGCCUGUCACCUCGCAGGCAUCUGAAACAAUGCGCAGCGACACUUUCUUGCCUUUGUUUUUUUUUUUUUUAAGACAGUGUUACAAAACUGAACUGAGAUGUCUUAAAACUCGAAAAAUAACAACAACAAAAAAAAAGAACUUUUGUUUUUACUUAUAUGAGCGUGAAUGUGCACAUACGGGCACAGGGCUGGGGUGGAUAGGGAGGGGGGGUUGAUGGGGGGUGGUGGGUGAGAAAAUAUGAAAGGUUCAGUUCAGUGGUGUCAGUCUCAGCUCUGACAGCAAGGAGUUUGAAGAACGUAAGGAAGACUAUACGAAGCCUCGAAAGGAUCUGGGCCGCCGACUCAUAAAGCGUCCGGGGUUUUCAUUUCACUCCGUUCUUAUUUGAUGCAGACUGUCGCGCAAACCUGGCGUCAGCACGGACACUCGUGUGAUGCUCAUUAACACUGGAAUUGUUCUCUGGCUUCGUGUUGAGACCGGAUCCACAUAUAAGAGCCGAAACCGUACGCAGAUGUGAACGGGCUCGUGGGAGUCUCUGUCUCCGUCUGCAGCUCCUGAGAGGACGAAGGAAAGCAGGCAGGCCACGUGACUCUCGGACUAGAGACGCCUGCUGGCAUCAGGAUCCAUAAACGGGCGGAAAAAAAAAAAUAAAUAAAAAACAUGAAAAGGAACCCAGUGGCAUCGCGCCAGAUGAACUUUGCCUGCCCGUUUCGUAUCCAUUGUCUGCACUGACUUUUUUCAACGUUCUCUGUGAUUUUUUUCAUACAGACAAAAAUGGAAAAAAAAAAACAAA